CAACAAAACAAGUUGUUUGAAAUUGCAAAGUGCCAAAGUGAAUGUGUUUGUAAUUGUAGUUGGACGAGAUAUAUUUGCAUACAUUUUUAAAGAUAGCUUGCUUUUAUUAAUUGAUUAACAUUCUCACAAUGAAUGUAUCUGAAUAUGUGAUUGGUGGUUUGGCUAAUGUGGGUGCAACGCUUUUUACAAAUCCCAUUGAUGUCAUCAAGACGCGCAUACAACUGCAAGGCGAACUGGCGGCGCGUGGCACAUACGUAGAGCCAUAUAAAGGCAUCUUCCAUGGACUUGUAACAAUAGCGCGUAACGAUGGUUUAUUGGGCUUGCAGAAAGGUCUGGUGCCGACUAUGUACUUUCAGUUUGUCGUAAAUGCCUUUAGACUGGGCAUUUAUAGCACCGCGAACAAUAUGCAAUGGACACGCGACAAAAAUGGUGAUGAAUCUUUCGGUUUGGGUCUCUUUUGGGGUGCUGGUGGCGGCGCUGUGGGCGCAUACUUUUCCAGCCCGUUUUUUAUGAUAAAAACACAACUUCAAGCUCGUGCACCCAAACAAGUCGCUGUCGGCUAUCAGCACGAACAUACCGGCAUGUUGUCGGCGCUGCGGCACAUCUAUCGGCAAGGUGGCAUUUUUGGAUUAUGGCGUGGUUCGGCAGCAUCCAUUGUGCGCACCUCUAUUGGUUCUGGCGCGCAGUUGGCAACAUUUGGACCGGCGAAAGCUUGGCUGCGUGAUCAUAACGUAGUGGUGCAGCCGGCGUUAAAUUCACUUUGUGCUGGCUUCAUUGCCGGCUGUGUGUCUGCGGUGGCUAUGACGCCGCCAGAUGUCAUAAUGACACGUCUCUACAAUCAGGGCUUGGAUGCGAAUGGCAAGGGUUUAAUGUAUCGAGGCUGGUUGGAUUGUUUUGCGAAAACUGCACGCGCUGAGGGUUUAUAUGGACUCUACAAAGGCUUUUGGGGAAUCUAUUUGCGAUUUGUACCUCAUUCUGCGCUGUCGUUAGUCUUUUUCGACGAACUAUUGGCACUCAAAAAUAAAUAUAACAUUGAUUUUUAG